GCUCAGCCGUUAGUGUUCUUCACAUGGUCCGGGAGGAGGAUCAAGUACAGCAGACCGAAAACACGCAUAGGGUCAGCCUAAAAAAGGGCGCCGUGGGAAUUUCCAGAUCUUUUUUUUUUUUAUUAUUAUUAUUUCGCGUAGUGGGGCUUUACAAGAGAGGGUCGUAGGAGGGACAUUUUUAAGUCACACAGCAGACGGAUAUGACCACUUGACUAAGCACCGAGAGCCGUGGCGCGGUCUGACGCAGGCGCUGGCAUUAUCAUCGAAAGCCUAAUUGAGAAAGCAGACACUCCUUGGACGACAUCAAGGAUUAAAGCAGCCUGCAUUAAGCUCAGUGAAAAGGCUUUACCAGGACGUGUCUGUGUCAGAAGGCUGGAAAAGUUUGGAGACAUUUGCAGCUUGAAGUUUGAAACAGUCUGCACCUGGGUUUCACUUGAGUACGGAUAUUAGAGCUUCAGCAGAAGUAUGGUCCGGUUUGAGACUUGGCUUCUUCUGGUGCUUCUGGGUCUGAUGUGGGCGUUACCAGUCUGGAUGAGUUUUCCAUCUCCAUCUCCCAUCUCUAAAAACUCUCCACUCUGCACAUCUCUCGUAACGCUGAAGGAUCAGCUCAAUUCAUCGUUAAGGAGGCGAUAUUUGAAACAUAACUUUCCUAUUAACUACACCAUUCACGUGCGUUAUGAAGAGGUCUUCAGGCUGAAGAAUAUCAGUAGAAUGAAAAAUGAUUCUGAAAUUGAGAAGCACCUCCAGGAUGUGUGGGUCGAUGUCACUGUGACAGUCAUACAGAGCAUUUUGAAUGUGCUGCCGGAGAGACAUCCAACACGCCAUAAAUACCUCGCAAACCUUGAGUCCCUCUUGAAAGCCUUUCAGACAAUCUGGGUGAAAACUGAUGAGAGUUACUAUACAGAAAACAUUUUCAACAUUGUUAAACAUUUGGGGAUGGAAAAGUAUGAGGCACGGAAAUCUGUCAGACCUAAAUCCUUACUCGACAACUGUUAUCGGACCAUGCACUGCCUAUUCAAGGACUGCUUCUUAAGGAACAGCAGCCAAGAUGACUACUGCGACACUCAGCACUGGAGAAAAGUGAACGGAACACAGGGAUGAUAGAAGGUCACUUAAAGGAGGAUUUUCUUCUGGGAAAUGCGCAAAGGCCACAGGCACACAGUGUGUUUAUUAGCGCUGUUGCUCACCAACAUACAAGCCAUCUAUAUAUACUGUAUAUAGCGAGAGAUAAGAGAGAGAGAGAUAAAAAGAUGGAUGAAAUCCAAUAUGAGCUCAGAUAUGUGUGUGGUGUUGAUCAUCUCAUGGCUUUCCUUUUGCUAUUGCAUCACUGCCACAAAGGAAUGGUGUUCUUAAUUAUGUCCUUGAUUCUGUACACCAUAAAUACCAAGUCUAUGUGUGUGUGUGUGUGUGCGCGUGCGUGUGCGCGCUGUGAUCUUGUACAGGUAAUAGAAGUGUGCAUUGUAUAUAUUGCUUGCAGAUGUUUUGCUGACUGCUGGCUUAGUCAGCAAAUUCCUGUUUCCUUUGCUUUGUGCUUUGAUAUAAACUAUGUUCUCAUAAAUAUUAAAUAUUACACGUCUUUCGUGAUACUUUUUCAACGAUGUCACUUGUUUUGUGCUUUUAUAUACGUGUUAUUUAUUUAGAGAUCUCUACGGAAUGUUCUAGUAAAUAUAUUGGAGAAAAAAAAAUAAACAAUCCUCUGGUGCCCCCA